AUGAUAACAUUAGUAUGUAGAGUUACUGUUAAAAGUGACAUACAAGUGCCAUCAAACACAUGCAUGCUAGUGCCAGUGAGAAUAUUGAGACACCAAAUGCUUCCUGAAGUUGCGUUUAUAAGUGAGACAAAAGGUGAACAAAUAGAUGAAGUAAAGAUAAUCAAUGGAUUAUUAGAUCCCCAUCAAAUUGAGGCAUUCAUAGGAGUUAUGAAUGAGAGUGAGGCUGUGUAUACUUUGAAAAGUGGUCAAGAAAUAGGUCAGUGUUAUCCUACACAGGAAGUAUCAGGAGACAUGGAUUUUGACAAUGACAAAACUCUUACAUGUGCUGCAAUAAUGUACAGCGGGAGUAAAGAUCAAGUAAAAGCCAAGGAAGAUAUAUUACCGGAUCAUAUUAAGUCAAUGUUUGACAAAGGGAAAGAACAUUUGGAAGAAAGUGACAAGGAAAAAAUUGCGACAUUGCUCUACAAAUAUCAAGACGUCUUUUCGAAAGGUUCUGAUGACCUUGGAUGUACUAAUAUGGUAAAACAUAAGAUCAACACAGGAAGUUCCCCACCCAUACGACAAUCAGUUAGAAGACAACCUUAUGGAAAACGUGAUACUGAAGCUGAGGAAGUAAACAAAAUGCUUGACAGAGGAAUAAUCGAGCCUUCGAACAGCCCUUGGUCCUCGCCAAUUGUACUUGUGUCGAAAAAGGACGACUCAACUAGAUUUCUGCAUUGA